GACAGCUAGCUCACUCGGCGCUCGGCUGGCCGUCGGGUCGAUUCGGUAGCUCUUCGCCGUACGCAACGUCCCGAUCACAAGCAAGCGGGAGGAGGCGUUGAAGCGGCGGCGAGGGCGGCUAUCCGAGGAAUGCGCUGAAGAUGGCGGCCGGCCGGAGAGCGCCCAAGAGCGGCUUGCUGGAGCUGCGAGCGCCGGGCGAGCAGUGGCUGCGCGUCCUGGUGACUCUUUCCGAGGACUUCUUGAGCGUCGUCCCCAGCGCCAAGGGUUCCGAGGAGCCGCUGCAGCCGCCGCCCAGCCCCGUGCAGCUCAACGGUGCCGAGGCGUGCGCCCUCGUCCCGGACUCGCUCACCAACAUCAAGCGCACGGUGCGGAUCGUCAAGCAGGACGUGGGGGGGCUCGGCAUCAGCAUCAAAGGUGGUCGGGAAAAUAAAAUGCCCAUCCUGAUAUCCAAAAUAUUUAAAGGGCUGGCUGCAGACCAGACGGAAGCACUGUUUGUAGGGGACGCCAUCCUUUCCGUCAAUGGUGGUGACUUGUCUGAUGCCUCACAUGAUGAAGCAGUGCAAGCUCUGAAGAAGACUGGCAAGGAAGUGGUACUGGAAGUCAAAUACAUGAAGGAAAUCUCUCCUUAUUUUAAGAAUUCCUCAACUGGGGCGUCUGUAAGUUGGGAUUCUUCAUCAGCCUUUCAGAAGCAAGCUUCUCCAACUCUUUCCCUGCAAGACCUCAAGGAAGGGAAGAAUAUCCCCUUAAAAAUGUGCUACAUAUCAAGGAAGUGUCUUCCAAAUGAUCCAGAAAACAGGUACCUAGAAGUGUGCUCAGCAGAUGGACGGGUCUCCUUGUUCCUUCGAGCAAAAGAGGAAGCAUCUGCCCAGUCUUGGUUCAAUGCUAUUCAUAGCAAUGUUAGUGUUCUGUUGCCAAGAGUCAAAGAGGAGCUGAAGGCCUUACAAUCAGGACUUGGCAUUGUAGGAAAUAGAGACAUCAAGCACAUUGGCUGGCUCACAGAACAGCUCCCAGGCGAUGGGACAAAAAAUAUCCUUGCCAUUCUCACAGAGAAGGAGCUUCUUUUCUAUGGCAAUCUUCCCCAAAACAGAGAUGCUCUGAACAAGCCAACUCACAGAUUCCCUCUUAUAGCCACCAGGCUUGUGCACUCUGGCCCAUCAAAAGGUUCUUUAUUGUACGACACAGAACUCUCAUUCGCUUUGCGGACUGGAACGAAGAAAGGUGUGGAAACACAUCUGUUUAGUGUGGAGACACAACGGGACUUAGCCACAUGGACAAGAAUGCUGGUGGAUGGUUGCCAUAAUGCGGCCGAGUGUGUCCAGGAAGUGUCAACUGCCUGUACAUGGAAUGGGAGGGACUGCACCCUGUCCAUCCAUAUUGACAAGGGUUUCACCAUUUCCACCCUUGAGCCAGGCCUCACCAAUGUUGUUCUUCUCCAGCAACCCUUUGAGAAGCUGCAGAUGUCUUCAGAUGAUGGAUCCAAGAUGCUUCACCUGGAUUUUGGCAGCUCAGAGGGAGAGAUU